UCCGGUCCUGCACACAAGUGCUGCAGGAAUCUCAUUCUCACAAGUAGACAACCACGCCGGUCGCGCACAUCGCAUGGUGAGGUCUCCGUUCCGUGUGGCGAUGGAGGGAGGAGGAAGAGCGCUGUGGCUGGCGUUGCUGGUGUCUUGGAUCGCGGUGUCCUUCAACGGCGAGGCUGCGAUGGCCUCCGACGCCCAGCCGGCGACGGCCGGAGCCGGGCAGGACACGAACGUGCUGUGCGUCAGCAAGUGCGGGACGUGCCCCACGGUGUGCUCGUCGCCCCCGCCGCCGUCGGAGGGGGGAUACCCACCACCGUCGUCAGCGAAGGGCGGCAGCGGCAGCUAUUCUUCGCCGUCGGCUCCUCCGUCGCCGCCGGGCCAGGGCAAGGGAGGGCGGCCCAGCAGCUACUACUACUUCUUCACCGCCGGGAGCAGCCGGACCAGCUGCGCCGGGUCGAGUAUCUACGUGUUGGUGUUCUUGGUGUUGGUGUCUCUUGCUGCAAACUUCCAGUGACGUGUUUCCUAGGCGUGUUUUCUGAGGUUCUCCCGGGCCUGCUGUUUAAUAAUCCGCAUGUUCAUUUUGUCACCAACAACUGCUAAACUAUUGCAGCGAUGUUACGACGAGCAGCUCUCGCCUUAUGUUGCUGGUGAUGCGUCCUUGAUGCCACCGGCGAUGGGCGAGCCUCGAAGGCACGCCUCGUACACGCAGGUACGGCCUGCAGCAUACUGACACCAAGUGUUUGGUCCCGAAGGCUGAAACGGAAUAGGCCCACGGGGAUUUGGAGCUGUUCGAAUUUUGUCUCAAUAAGUUAAGCUAAGAUUUGGU